AGCGAGGAAGCAAAGAGCCAAUCACAAACUAGGGCACCAUAUUGAAUUGUUUUGAUCCAGACCUCUGCUUCUUACUUCUGUUGACUUGUGGGUUUGGUUGUGUUCUUAAUAAAAGCAGCCACAGUUUAAAUAAGACAACAGCGGAAACUGACCUCACAAGGAGACAAUGAAGCUGACGGAAAUCAAAAAGUUAAAGGUGGCGGAGCUGCGGUCCAGACUGAGAGAAGUUGGGUUGGACGGCAGAGGACUGAAGGCUGAGCUGGUGGUCAGGCUGUGGUCUGCUUUGGACUCGGGACUCAGCCCGAGAGGCGAGGAGACUCUGGUGAAACCACAACAUGACGACUCACCGACACCAGCAGCGCCGACAGACGCAGCGGAGGUCCCCGCUCCGUCCUCCUCGCCGCCGGCUGCAGAAGCGUGUAUCACCGCGCCAUGUUGUCCGGACAGCACCAGAGAGUUUACGGACAGCGGGACGCAGACUGAGCCCGAGGCCGGAGUGGCUGCACCACAACACGGCUCAGAGUUUGUGUCGGAGCCCGCGAGGAGGAACCAGGCUGAGGGAGGAGAGGUGGAGGGUCCCGGGGAGGAGAGGAGAGAUCCGUCCUCUGAGGAGACGAACAGAGGGAGAGCUUUCUACGAGUUUAAAGAGGAGAUACGAUACAAAAGAGUGAAGUCACCACAACCUCCAGUGGACAGUGACGAGGCAGAGGAAAAGGAUGAAGAUAAAGUCAGCCUGGAUCUUUAUGACGGUCACCUCCACUUUGAGGUGGGCGCUGACGGAUCUUGGGGGCAGCCACGGUUUUGGGCUCAGUUCCCCUCGCUGUGGUCGGGCUGCAGGCUCACCCAUGGGGUGCUGCAAGGCAGGGUGGGUUAUGAGGUGAGGCUGGAGAAGAAGUUGUUGACUACAUGGCAGGAGGAACAAGAGGAGGAGGAGCCCUGUGGUGUGAGAGUAGGCUGGUCAGUGGCUCACACCUCUCUGCUGCUGGGUGAAGAUGAGCUCUCUUUUGCUUAUGAUGGACGCAGUAAAAAAGUCUCAAGUGGAAAGGAAGAGGAGUUUGGAGAAUCUUUCUCAGAGGGGGAUAUCAUCGGCUGUUAUGCUUCUUUCUUCACAGACGGUGCCGUUCAGCUCUCUUUCCAUAAGAACGGUUGUUUCAUAGGUGUGGCCUUUUCCCUGGGGGCCUCUGUGCUGCAGGGUCGACCUCUGUUCCCUCACAUCCUCUGUAAGAGUUGCUCGGUCAGAAUCCUCCUGGACCCCACAGCUCCUCCCUGGUACCCCAGCCCUCCAGGUUUUACUCCACUGGCAGCGCUCCCUGCUGGGCAGAGGGUGCGCUCGACACUGGGCCCUUCUUCCAGAGCACAGUGUGAGGUUUUGCUGAUGAUGGGAUUUCCUGGUUCUGGGAAGAGCCACUGGGCCCGGACUCACAUGAAGCAGCAUCCAGAGAAACGCUACAGGCUGCUGGGCACAGAGGAGCUGCUCACAUGUAUGAUUAGUGGCGAACGGAGGGACAGCAGGCUGCGACAGGCCGCUCAGUGUCUGACUGAUUUACUUAAAAUAGCUGCUCAGACUCUGGGAAACUACAUUUUGGACCAGUGCAACGUCCUCUUCUCGGCACGCCGUCACAAACUGCAGCUGUUCUCAGGCUUCAGGAGGCGGGUGGUGGUAGUUUUUCCACCUGCAGACGAGUGGAGAAGACGACUGUCGCUGCAACAGACGAGCGAGGAGAACCAGAUCCCAGAGACAGCCCUGCUUAAACUCCAAGUGAGUUGCAGUCUUCCAGAGCGGCAGACGGACCUGCUGGAGGAGCUGCAAUAUGUCGACCUGCUGGAGGAGCAGGCGCAGACGCUCCUGCAGGAGUACAAAGACUGCGCUCGCAGACUGCUGCCCCCAGUCCCCAAACAGGAGAAGAAGAAACCCAGAAUUCACAGGAAAAGACCCCACACUCAUGGCCCUCCACCAUCACACAGGAUCCAGUGGACUGGGAUGAAUGCGUGGAACGACCCGAGAAUCAACAUGCAGCCAUGGAGUCAGCACCCAAGAUAUUGGAACGUGUCUUAUCGGGACCAGAGGUACAACUACGGCAGAGACUUCACUCAGAUAUGAGGAUUAUUGAAGACACCAAUGCUGCUUCGUUACAACAUAUUAACAAGGUGUUUACAAGGACAGUGAUCAGUCUUUUAAUUUAAAAAAAAAAGGAGGUGACUAAAUCGUGGAGAACUACAGUUUGAAUAUCGCACUUCCUGCUUCAGUCAGUCAAUGUAAAUCAGUGUUUUAGUAUUUUCAGAAUUUUGACAAGAAGAACCAGGUCACUUUA